UAAAAACCUUUUAUUUCUUUCUGAAGUUGAAUGCUGUUUGAUUUAUUGCUCGCCAGUGGAUCACUUACUGUUGUGUUUAAUAAAAAUGACAUUUUCUCAUGACACACAUAAACAAAAGUUCAUACAAGGUGAUUUGAGGUAAUUCAAUUAUUCAAAUUUAGCUUUACUAUAAAACCUGGAAUUUAGAAGGUUAAAAAUAGCUUUUUUUUUAAUGAUGAAGCAAAGAACACUAAAUAAAUGCAUCCUGUGCAAAACAGCAAUAUUACAAACAGUAUUUAAAGUCAAGUAUAUAAAUCAUUUGUCACAAAUGAAAUAUUAGAUCAGAAUUAUCAGAUUGUCUACAUUAUUCAUCCAAAAUAAGGUGUUCUGAGUGCAGAGACGUGCUGCUUAGGUCUGCUCUAUAUCUGGAAUACAGCGUGUUAUACUUUUCACAAUAGUAAAUACCAGAUCCUAAUAAUUCCAUGUUUAUUAAGAUCUAUAUUUCAAUUUACAAACUGCCACCUAGCGGCCAUCAAUAGUAUUUACCAGCGGUAAACGCCACCUAACAGCCAUCAUUAGUAAUUACCAAUAGUAAACACCACCUAGUGGCCAUCACUAGUAUUUACCAGCGGUAAACGCCACCUAGCGGGCAUCACUAGUAAUUACCAAUAGUAAACACCACCUAGUGGCCAUCAUUAAUAAUUACCAAUAGUAAACACCACCUAGUGGCCAUCAUUAGUAUUUACCAGCGGUAAACGCCACCUAGCGGCCAUCAUUAGUAAUUACCAAUAGUAAACACCAGUUAGUGGCCAUUGUUAGUAGCUACCACCGGUAAACGCCAGCUAACGGCCAUCGUUAGUAGCUACCAGUGGUAAACGCCAGUUAGCGGCCAUCGUUAGUAGCUACCAGCAGUAAACGACAACAAGUGGCCAUAGUUAGUAAUUACCUACCAAUAGUAAACACCACCUAGUAGCCAUCGUUAGUAGCUAACAGCGCUAAACGCCAGCUAGUGGCCAACGUUAGUAGCUAACAGCGCUAAACGCCAGCUAGUGGCCAUCGUUAGUAGCUAACAGCGGUAAACGCCAGCUAGUGGCCAUUGUUAGUAAUUACAAGUGGGAAACACCACCUAGUGGUCGUCUUAGUAAUUACCACUUAUAAACAACACCUAGUGGCCAUCUUAGUAACUGUCAGUGAUAAACACUACCUAGUGGCAAUCUUUACCUUUACAUUUACAUUUAUAUUACAUUUAUUGACUUAUUUACAUAAACCUAUAUUGACAAAAAGUAGGAAAAAACACCACCUACUGGCCAUUAGUAGUAAUUACCAGCAGUAAGCACCACCUAUCAGGGGGUGUGUUGAAUACAGAGCUCUACUGUAGCACAUACCUGGUGCAGAGAGAUGUGGAUGUUCCACACUAAACAAUGACUUGGUAAAUAUUUACUUACAUUUUUUUUAAUGUAGAUAUUAGUUUUGCUAGCUAGCUUGUCUCCUGCUUCUAAUUACAAUAAAGAAUAUUAUUAUUUAUGUAGUGUUAGGUAGCUGGUGUGUUUGAAGCUGUAUCCAUAAAGGUGUGUGUGUGUGUGUGUCUGUGUGACGUGCUUAUUUCCACUUUAAGGGUCGCAGUUAGACUCUGCACUCUGUCCUGAACUCAGAAUGGAGGGAGACGCGGGCAAAGUUCAGGCUGACAGAGAGAGAGAGAGAGUGAGUGAGAGAGAGAGUAAGAGAGAGGGAGGAGGGGGAGAGAAAAGCGAGAAAAAUCACCUUCGAAAGCAAAACAACAGCCGGCAGAAGUGGAGACGCGGUAGAAGUCCAGGAAAAGUGGACACGAGUCCUUACUGAAAACGGAUAAACAGAGCGUACGGAUACACCCAGCUGGGUAAUGGAGGGAGGAGAGGAGCGAGGGAUGGAGGGACGAGUGCGCAGGCUUUCGGCUCUGCAGCAACAACUGCUCUCCUCUCUCUUGGGCUCCGGCGUGACCCGGGAAGUGCUGAUCCAGGCCGUCGGCGAGCUGGAGAGAGAGCGGAACCGAGCCGGAACCGGAAUGGGAGGAGGCGCCGGGGCAGAACGCAUGGAAACGGCCGAGCGGACGGACGGAGAGAGCUCCGAGGACGGAGACGCCGACUUCCCUCCACCCAUCUUCAGGGAGAUCGAGAAACUCCCUCCAGAGGAAGCAGCUAGGCAAAGGGCUGAGGUGGAGCAGCUGCUGCAAGAGGACCCAUGGCGUGUGGCAAAGAUGGUGAAGAGCUACAUGCAGCAGCACAAUCUUCCUCAGAGGGAGGUGGUGGAGGCGACGGGACUCAAUCAGUCUCACCUGUCACAGCAUCUGAACAAAGGGACGCCCAUGAAGAACCAGAAACGAGCCGCGCUUUACAGCUGGUACGUCAAGAAACAGGACGAGAUCAGCCAGCUCUUCAUUGCAGAGUUUACCAAUGCGAGUCGCGGAAUGGUUCUGGGGGAGGAGCCAAGUGAAGAAAACAGGAAGGGGCGGAGAAACCGGUUUAAAUGGGGCCCGGCGUCACAACAGAUCCUGUUCCAGGCCUACGAGCGCCAGAAAAACCCCAGCAAGGAGGAGAGAGAGGGACUGGUGGAGGAGUGUAACCGAGCGGAGUGUUUGCAGAGGGGCGUGUCUCCAUCACAGCUGGCCGGUUUGGGUUCGAACCUGGUGACAGAAGUGCGUGUGUAUAACUGGUUCGCUAAUCGCCGCAAAGAGGAAGCGUUUCGCCACAAACUGUCAGUCGACCCACCUUACAGCAGCCAAUCAGCAUCCGGGACAGAGCAGAGCAUCCCGCCCACUCCCACACAAGGUAUGAAGUUUACUUCCUCUGUAGUGUGUGAGGGCAUAGGGGCUUUGCGGCAUGCUGGGAGCGGAGACAGAGUGGACGGAGGACACCUGGGGACGGGUCUGAUCCAGCUGGAGCCGAGUCACAUGCUUCUGGAAGCACAUCAGCACAAACUGGUAUCAGGAGGAGGGUCUCUGCCGCCCGUCAGCACCCUGACAUCUCUCCACAGCGUGUCUCACACACACUCCAGCUCGUCGCAGGGCCUCAUCAUGGCCUCCUUACCCAGCGUCAUGAGUCUGGGAGACUCGUCUCUGCUCAUAGGUCUCACGUCCGCUCAGCCACAGUCGGUUCCCGUCAUCAACAACGUAGGGGGCGGGUUCACCACGCUCCAGCCAAUCACCUUCCAGCAGCAGCUCCAUGCAUCCACCCAGCAGCCAAUCACGCAGCAGCUGCCAAGUCACAUGACUCCGAGUCCCUUCAUGGCCACGAUGGCGCCGCUGUCCUGCCAUAUGUACAGUAAGACAGAUCUGACGUCGUAUCCCUCCUCCAGCCUCCUGUCCCAGGCGAUGGUCAUCGCCGACAGCAGCAGCAUCGGAACCCUCGCUAAUCUCACCACAGUCCGACAGACGCUGAGCUCGGACUCUGAGGAACACACAAACACCCCGAUCCAGGAGGAGUCACUACACCUACAGUCCAGCUCUCCAGUACCAGUGUCCUCCAGCAGUCUGGAUCUUUAUCCUCAAACCCAGUCCAGCGAGUCCCACACCUCCCACCUGCUCACGUCAUCGCCCUCAGACAUCGGCCCCUACAUACCUGCACAGAUGGUCUCUACCGCUCAAUAGCAGCAGUGAACUCAGUGGAACGUACCAUCACGCCUCACAAAUGGGGGGACUAAUAUAUAUAUAUAUAUAUAUAUAUAUUGUUUAAAUAGUUUCUGCGAGUACGUAUGUAAAAACCUUACUGACAUUGAACAUUAACCCAUGUGUGUCUCCGAGGAAUCUCUGUGGAUGAAGAUGAUGAUGGAAAAUUCUCAGGGAUUAGUAAUUUCACCGAUGAGGUUUAAAAUGCACAAAAUAAAUAAAUAACUGACAUCUGCGUGAAUCUACACACAUCCCAAUUGUGUCGAGGAGUCAGUGUGGGUGGAGCUUAAGUUCAAUUUGAUCAGCCAAUCCUGAACUCGAUCGUCACCACAUCAUCUUGGGCGGAAACUAUGCCGCUUAAAACACUGCUUCUAAUUCCAGGACAUAACACUAAUUAGCUACGUAGACAUAAAUAGUGCGUGAUGAUGUCAUCAAGUUAGCGACGGAUUGUCAAUCAGCAGCCCCUGACCUGAACCCAGACCCAACAGUAAUUAUUAUCCUUAAACACUUUGAAUUUCCUCUGUAAAUAUUAUUUUGAUGUAUGAAAUGAAUUAAAAUUGUAUAAAAAAAAACAAACACUA